UAGUUCCAAUUUAUCACAUGGGUGUUGAUAGAAUGAAUCCGCGACCUUAAAAACAGUUCGAUACCCGCGCUGUCUGCAAGCGAUCAAUUCAAUAUAAACCAUUUUUAAAUUACCCACGCCGGAGGUGCCUCUUAUACUCCAUAUGGAAUUUCGUAAUUGGGAGAUAUUUUGAGCGGGGGAAACCUGACGUAUGAAUUUCUUCAACUGACGCAUGAAAUAAAGUGCCAACAAUAACAAUAACGGUUUUUCCAAGCGGUCGAUGGUUAUUGAAAUGAUCAAUACCACAGCGUAUACUGCAGAUGCCCAAACGCCUGUUUGGCAUAGAUUUCUUUAAGGCGUAUAACAACAGCUUUGUUAGUUUGAAAACUAGAUGUUGUGUAAGGUAAAAAAGAAAAUCGGUUUAAUAAUAAUAAAAAGGCUAUGCGGGACUAAUGCCAAAUUUAGGGAUUCUGUAUUCGCAGGUUUGUUUUAGCGCUGGAAUAAUAAAUAUAUAAGUUAUCAGUGCCCUGCCAUCUUUUAACAUGGUAGCUUUCGCGUGCAUACCAAUUGAAUGUGAUUUGGAUCGCCCACUUUCGGUUGGAAAUUCGAUAAAAUUACUUAUGCAAUUUCUUACAAUUUCUCUCGUGGUUACGUCGUCGCUACAGCACGAAGAAGUUGGACUUUUAUCCCGUUUUCGUCGCAGCGAUUCUGGAUUAACUUGCUUGGAAGCACUGAACCGUUGCAAGAACUCAUCGAAUUGUGGAUCAGCGUUUCGAGCAGUGAAAAAGAAAUGCAAGAUCACUGGUGCACGCUGUGACGCUCCUAUCAGCGACCAACCGAAAUGUGCGGAAAACAUCGACAUUUUACGUUCAACCUACUUUCCGUUGGAUGACAAGUGCAAAUGUUAUGCGGUUGGUUUGGUUGGUAAGAAGUUAAAAAGAUGCCAAGAAAUAAGGAACAGUGUGUACGCAAACCCGUGUUUUGAAAGCGGUCGCCUUGUUGCCGCUAAACUUGCAAUGACGACUGAACAAGUUACAACCACCCAUUACUUAACUGGCUAUACAGAUGUCACUGGGCGUUUCGAUUUUUUCGAAAUUAACCAUAGCGGCGUAACCAUGCCAACGGAUUAUCGACCUCCUGACGUCACAAAGUCUGCUGGUGACGUCAUUCCCGAAAGCCAAUCGCAGUUUGAACUUCUGACGUCAUCUGUAAGCGACACAACGCUGAGUGAAACCGAAUUGGACGAGAUUGAUAAAUUCUUCAUCGAUGACGAGGGUCCCCCGGACGACAAAGAUGCAAACGUCGACAAUCGCUCCUCCGCCGGAGGAGGAUCCGAAACUAGAAACGCAGAGGUUGCUCCAAAUAUACCAGUGAUUAGAGAAGAGAUGAUUGUCACCGAAGGAAACACAGCAGAUGUUGAAAGAGACUUCGGUUCCCAAACAAGCGUUGCUGUUCAAAACACCAAGACGUCAUACGUUGUCGAAACUUACACCGUAUCAAGUCCAAACAAUUGGCAAAUAGCCCUGAUCGCAUGCGGAGCUUCGCUGAUGGUUUUGGCUCUUAUCACAAUAAUCUACCUUCUACACCAUAGGCGAGCGAAGUCGAAUUAUUCGGCUGGGAAACAAGCGGGAGACUCCCACAACCUCACUGUUUCUGUCCCAGAUGAUGAAAUAAAACUUUCUUCCCACGAAGACCAGGUGUGACGUCACGAUGGUUUCGAACCAAAAAAACAGUCGAGUUAUUUUCACUAUCUGUACAAAUUCAACGGCUCCGUAGCGCCACCCAUGGUAGUAAAUUUCCAAAGCAAGACAGACGAAAGACCUGGCAAAGCUCGGAUUUUCCACCAGUUGUUCUAUUAUGUUUGCCUCUUUUUCAACAAGUUCCUUUUUUGCUAUUAGCUGCCAGAGUAACGUACUUGUAUGUUUAUUGUGUUGUGUCAACCGUAUACAGUAAUUUGCAGAAACACUUUUUUAGGCUUUUCCGUUACCAUUCGUCUGCUUAUUUACCAGACCAUAUAUGCUCUGUGCAUCAGAUGUUGCCGUGUUAUGCGAUACAUUUCAGUACGUCACAUAGCCACAAGAAAAAUCGAAAUUGCCAUCGUGGUUUCCGUUCAAAAUCAGCAGCAACACGUUGACGUGAUUCAGAACACUCUCUAUGCCACGUCACAAAUUCGCGGAGAAAAAAUCUCAAAUCAUAUUCCCCGAUUUAAAAUAUUCUCUCGCAAUCGAAACCGGAUUAUAUUGGUUUUGAUUGAAAUCUGCCCGGUAGAAAACGGUCGUGACUUUAUUUAUUUAUAAUAGAUUUGUUUGUUGUUCACUUUAAUUCGUUCCUGCUUUUCUCAAUGCCUUGCGCAACUUUUGUGUGACUCAAUGCGGGAAAUACUGAACGUGUGAUGAAGGA